CAAGGAAGAAUAGAAGGUAUCACGUAUGUGAAAAUUCCCGAAGGAACCAACAAAUUAUUCGAAGAGGAGAUCGACCUUUUUGUCAUCACCAAUGACAUCCAUGAGGAGGGAUUAGAAAGGAAAUCGCGAGACCUCACAUGA